CAGUCCAUAAAUCAGAUUUCAGGUUUAAAUUCUGUUCUUAGUUCAUUAUGUAAUAUCUUGGCAUUUUAUUGCUUGUAUAGUAUUUAUUUUUUACUGUUAAACCAAAUUCAACCACAGAACUUUUCCAGCUUUCCAUCAUAAGUGAAAUUGUAAAAAUCUAAGUAUCCAGCUAUUUUGUCAUUUUUUGCCUUAUGAAAAAAGUGUACAAAACCAAAUUACAUAUGUUGAAGGUUUCAAAGGUGAAUGCACACAUUGCAAGGUAUUGUUUUAGCAUGUACUCUGUUUAUGUGCACAUGAUGAUGGAGCUUUUUUCAGAUGUGGCAGCAUGUGUAGUGAGGAAUUACCUAACUUUGAGACAUACUUAGGAAGCUCUCAGCAGUCGUAACACUACUAAACAAAUAGCCGAUUCAGAUACUCGUACACAAGGUUGUGUAAGAAGAUGCAUCAUUCAGCACCUCUUGUUUUGUUGUCGCUCUUAUGCGUAUUAUUUGGAGUAGAUGGUGGUAAAGUGCUAGUGUUUCCACUCGAUGGAAGUCACUGGGUGAACAUGAAGGUCCUGAUUGAGGAACUGCAUAGCCGAGGUCACAACGUGACGGUGCUUAGAGCCUCCAACAGCUGGUAUAUCAAGGAGGAAUCUCCAUUGUACAAUUCCAUCACCAUUCCAAACACAGGAGGAUUUGAUGAGGAAUUUUUUGGUUUAUUGAUCGGCCGUCUCUUGAAGAUUAAAAAAGAAGGGAAUUCCAUUUGGAACCGCAUUCAGCUGGAGUAUGAAAUCAUCAUGAAGUUUAAAAGCAUGUAUGAAGAAAUGCAGCAAAUGAUGGAUAGAGUAUUAGGAGAUGAAAAAAUUAUGAACUCAAUCCAAGAUGCUAAAUAUGACGUGGUGCUAGCAGACCCAGGUGCUGGAGGUGGUGCAAUCCUAGCUUACAAGUUUAAUAUUCCUCUGGUUUUUAACGUUCGGUGGACGAUUCAUGGAGAGGGACAUUUCGCCAUUGCUCCUUCCCCCCUGUCUUAUGUCCCUGUCCCAGGAGCAGAGCUAACAGACAAGAUGUCAUUCCUUCAACGUGUCAAGAAUGUUCUGACUUACUUUUUCACCCAAUUCCAAAUUGCACUCGUAGCUGAACCAAUCUUUUCUUCUUUUUGUCUCAAACAUUUUGGCCCCAAUGUUAAUUAUUUUUCCCUUUUCCAGGAUGCAGACAUCUGGCUCAUGAGAAAUGACUUUACCUUUGAAUUUCCACGACCCACAAUGCCCAAUAUCGUCUAUAUGGGCGGCUUUCAGUGUAAACCCGCCAAGCCGCUUCCAAAAGAUCUUGAGGACUUUGUGCAGAGCUCAGGAGAGCAUGGAGUCAUUGUCAUGUCUUUAGGAACCCUUAUUACUCAGCUUCCACAAGACAUCACCAACGACAUAGCAGCGGCUUUUGCUCAGAUUCCUCAAAAAGUGAUUUGGAGAUAUACAGGUCCUCGGCCUGCGACCCUUGGUAACAAUACAUUACUAGUGGACUGGCUCCCCCAGAAUGACCUGCUUGGACAUCCCCAGAUUAAAGUGUUUGUGGCACAUGGAGGCACCAAUGGAGUCCAGGAAGCCAUCUACCAUGGGGUGCCCAUUUUGGGUCUACCGUUAGUGUUUGAUCAGCCAGACAAUCUCUUCAGAAUGGAAGCAAAGGGAACAGCAAAGAUUUUAGAUUUGGCAACUCUGGACAGGAAUGUGUUUCUAGAGGCAUUAAAGGAGGUUUUGCAUAACUCAUCUUACAGAGAGAACAUGCAGAGACUGUCCAGACUGCACCACGACCAGCCAAUGAAACCUCUUGAUCGUGCUGUCUUCUGGAUUGAGUUUGUCAUGAGGAAUAGAGGAGCCCCUCAUUUGCGAACACAGUCUUUCAGAAUGUCCUGGAUUGAGUACCACUGUAUAGAUGUUAUUCUGACUCUAACGGCGACACUUUUCAUAUUUGCAUUUUUGAUUAUAUAUGUGAUUCGAUAUCUUUUUAGAGUUUUGUUUAAAAAGAAAGUAAAAUGUGCAUGAUAUAUAAUUACUGUAUGAGAUCAUUGUGAAAAAAUAUUCUUGCUGGAUUUGUAAAACAUUUCAGUGAGAUUCAAAUUUAAUUCAAAGCAAAUUUAGGCAUUUUGCACUGACUAUUUAGAGCUGCUUUAUGGUCAUUAGAAUCUUGAGCCUCAAUAAAGGUAAUUUUCAUAUCUGUGA